AUGCUUGGUCCACCUGGUGCACAACCAAUCCCAGAAUCAAGUGUUAAAGAUCCGUGUGCGCAAAUACCGGAUGCGGGGGUUUCUGAGUCUUCAAUUGGGUUGGUCGAGAAUGAGACAGGUGAAGGUGGGAGGAAGGAGGGGGAAAUCAAGGAGAAGUCUUUGAAAGAUUCGUUAAGUGAUGAGUACGAACAGAUGGCGGCGAAGAAUGCUGCAAAGAAAUUGGCGUCCAAAUUUCGUGGCAAGGGUAAAGAUAAACAGGAGAGUGAGUGAGAUAUGAUAAUAUGUAUGGAGAUGAUUGUGGUAUUGAUUAGUACAUAUCUAUCUUUCCAAUCAAUCAACGCAAUCUAAUUAAUCUCUCAUCUUACUCAGUGACAAAUGACUACUAG